AUGUAUGCCACUAGGCAGUCGCAUGUCAACAGGCGUGUAGCAAUAGCCUAGUCACCUUACUACCAUGCCAACAACCUCCCGCGCUCCAACCAUGUAAACCUGCCUUUCUGCUAGGUUUAUUAGCAGAUAAUAGGGAGAAAGACCUAGCCUGAAUCUGGCCAGGCCACGCCUACAGACUUGAACGGGCCCAAUUUGGAACACAAAAAACCGGGAAAAGGUGAUGGCCUGGGCUUCAGGCUCACCCGGCCUACUGACGCCUAA